AGGCAUGCGCAAUACGAAGUUGUUGCAUCGUGUGGAGCAGAAAUUUAACGACAUCUGACCCUAAAAUUGACGUUUAACAGGAAACCAUUCUACUGAGGGUGCUCAUCUCUCGUGAGGAAAUAGCCUACAUAAAUUAUUUUUGGAUAAAUUCGGUCAUGAUUUGAAGUAGGAGUGAAGAUUCAAAGAAUCAUGACUACAGAGGACUCCUCUUUAAGAACCCUAGAGGGGCUUAUGUCAGAGUUCUUUGCCAUAUCAACAACAAAUCAACGCAAACGAGAUAUAGAGGAACUUCUGAAUAACUUCAGUGCACAGAGUGGGUCAUGGAGACUUUGCUUCAGUUUCCUCAUGCAUACUCGUAAUGAGUAUGUCAUGAUGUAUGCCCUUAGUGUCUUUGAGAAUUUAAUCAACAGACAAUGGAUAGGGCUACCUCCCCAGGAUCGCAUGGAGAUCCGGACAGGUCUGACCAAGUUCCUCUUAGGCCAACACAAGGUUGUACCCAACUACAUCAGGAACAAGCUUAUCAAGGUCAUUGUCUGUAUUGCCAGACUUGACUGGCCUCACUUCUACCCAGACUUCUUUCCAUCCAUACUCCAGCUUAUUCAGCAGCCACAGACAUGCAGUCUUGGUCUGAUCAUGCUUCAGACCACGUCAGAGGAACUGGGAUCACCCAGAGAGGACUUGAGCGCCGCCAGGAAGGAGGAAGUCCAGAAGCUGCUUUUGGAUCAAGUUCCUACGGUCUUCAGUCUUAUUACACAUAUACUGGAAACCAUACUGGACAAGCAUCGGUCGUUGGUGACCACGGCAACCCCACCCCCUUCCCCAACCCAUGAUGACUCUAAUGACAGUAGCCCCACCCACAUGGCUUAUGGGUCUUCACCCUUGCAGUCAGGUGAGUUAAAACAGAUUUAUUCAUGCAUGUGUGCAUAGAUGGUGCUAGGGCUAUCCAUUGAAUAUGUGUUAUUGAUAUGAGAGUUAGGUAUUGCAAGAAAAGAUUUGCAGUCAAUUGCAAAUAUUCUGUUGCAAUUCUACAAGUAAUAGAUCAAUUUUAACUGAACAAAAUCACUUUACACUCCCUGGCCCGUAUAUUGAUCUCGGGUUUAAAUUAAAACCUGGUUUAAAGUAAUGGUUUAAUUAUGGAGAGCCAAUUGGGGCGCAAAUCCCUAACAUUACACAUUCAAUUUAUUAACUCAUAUGACACCGAAAUUGUCUAUAAUUGUCUGGGAAUGAUAACUGAAGUAUUUUCUUCAUUAUGAAAGCAAAAGGACACAC